AGUAAGAGAGAAAGCUUCACCAUAUACAUGCAUAUAUGACAGCUUCACCAUAUACAUGCAUGUGUGUGUAUUAUCUGAAUUCAUGCAAUCUGCAAAAGAUGAUCGUUACACUUGCCCUAAGUAGAUCCUUCCAUUCCCUUCCAGUAAGAGCUGCUCAAACUCCAUGGUUACGCUAUCAGCCUUACCUCGGCUUCCUUUCUUCCUGCAAGGACCUCAAUUCUGUGCUCCAAAUCCAUGGCCACCUGGUGGUUUCAGGCUUCAAACCGAAUGAUAUCAUAAGCGCCCAUCUCAUAAACUCCUACUCUUCAUUCCAAAAAUGCGAUCUGGCUCGCUCUAUCUUCGAUUCCACGCCCAACCCAGGGGUGAUGCUAUGGAACUCCAUGAUCAGAGCCUACACGAGGUCGAACCGGCACCGCGAGGCUCUGGAAAUUUACCACUGCAUGGGGGAAGCAUCUGUGGAACCAGACAAAUACACCUUUACUUUUGCCUUGAAAGCCUGUGCUGGAGUUUUGGACUUGGAAGAGGGUGUGUUGAUUCAUGGUGCAAUCAUUGACAAAGGACUAGAGUGCGAUGUGUUUAUAGGAACUGGUCUUGUUGACAUGUAUUGUAAAUUGGGUGAUUUGGAUGUUGCACAAGAGGUGUUCGAUAGAAUGCCGAACAGGGAUAUUGUGUCUUGGAAUGCUAUGAUUGCUGGGUUGUCGCAGAGCUAUCCUUCCGGGGCUUUGCAGUUUUUAAGAAACAUGCAGUUGAAUGGUGAAAUGAAACCGAAUUCUGUAACCUUGUUGAAUUUGUUCCCUGCAGUUUCUAAGUUAUCUGAUAUUCAAUUGUGUAAGACCCUUCAUGGGUAUGUAAUUAGGAGGGCUUUCCCACUACCUGUUUUAAAUGGAUUGGUUGAUGUUUACUGUAAGUGUGGGCAUGCUGAUAUUGCUCGCCUGGUUUUUGAUCAAAUGUGGGUUUAUGACGAUGUUUCAUGGGCUACAAUGAUGGCAGGGUAUGCGCAUAAUGGAUUUUUUGCGGAGGUAUUAGAGUUCUUCAGUUACAUGAAAAGGGAAAAGCUGAAGAUAAAUAAGGUGUCUGUUAUAAGUGCUUUGUUGGCUGCAUCUGAGAUUAGAGAUUUAGAGGAGGGAAAGAAAAUCCAUGACCAUGCGGUACAACAACAUGUUGACUCAGAUAUUUUGAUUGCUACUCCGCUUAUGACAAUGUAUGCCAAGUGUGGGGAGUUGGAAAAUGCUAAAAAUUUGUUUGCAGAAAUUCAGGGAAGAGAUGUAAUUGCUUGGUCUGCAGCUAUAGCAGCUUUUGCUCAAUCUGGGUAUCCAGGAGAAGCAUUGGCUUUCUUUAGAGAUAUGUUGAAACACAAUUUGAGACCAAAUAGGGUAACUCUUUUAAGUGUUCUACCAGCUUGUGCAGAGUUGUUUUCUGUGAGACUAGGGAAGACUAUACAUUGUUAUGCUGUCAAAUUUGACUUUGACUCUGAUUUAUCAACAGGAACAGCCUUAUUGUCCAUGUAUGCUAAAUGUCAGCUCUUUCCUCCUGCACUGACUAUAUUUAAGAGGAUGUCAAGAAAAGAUGUUGUGACAUGGAAUUCCUUGAUAACUGGGUAUGCUCAGAUUGGCGAACCCUUCUGUGCUUUGGAGAUGUUUUGUCAAUUACGACUAUCUGGGGCGCAUGCAGACGCAGGAACAAUGGUGGGUGUUGUUUCAGCAUGUGCACUCUUAGGUGACCUAGAUCAAGGGAAAUGCAUUCAUGGUCUAAUUAAAAAAUCUGCGUUUGAGUUGGAUUGUCACGUGAACAAUGCUCUAAUUGAUAUGUAUGCCAAAUGUGGAAGCCUCUCCAUGGCUGAAUCCUUGUUCAAUGAAACUAACAUCAGUAAAGACGAGGUAUCCUGGAACGCAAUGAUUGCAGGGUAUAUGCAAAAUGGAUAUGCUAAGGAAGCCAUUUCUUCAUUUUACAAAAUGAGAUUAGAGGGUUUACAGCCUAAUGUAGUCACACUUGUGAGUGUUCUUCCUGCUGCAGCAUAUUUGUCUACCAUUAAAGAAGGUAUGAGUAUCCAUGCCUACAGUAUCCUAAUGGGCUUUCAGGCUAGCACACUUGUUGGGAACAGUCUCAUUGACAUGUAUUCCAAAUGUGGGCAUCUUGAGCUUUCGGAGAAAAUUUUCAAUGAUAUGGAAAAUAGGGACAUCAUCUCAUGGAACUCUAUGCUUGCUGGAUACGCAGUGCAUGGGCAAGGGGACCAUGCAAUAGCAUUUCUCUCACUUAUGAAAGAGACUAACGUUGAACUUGAUUCCAUAUCAUUUGUCACUGCCCUGUCUGCUUGCAGACAUACAGGUUUGAUAGAUGAAGGAAGGAGGAUAUUUUAUUCCAUGCAAAAAGAGCAUAGUGUCAGCCCUGACUUAGAACAUUAUGCUUGUAUGGUGGAUCUGUUAGGUCGUGCUGGUUUGUUUGAUGAAUUACUGGGUUUGAUUAAGAAAAUGCCCAUGGAACCGGAUGCUGGAAUAUGGGGAGCUUUAUUGGGUGCAUGUGGAAUGCAUGGAAAUGUGAAGCUAGCAGAGUUUGCAUUAGACCAACUUGUCAAAGUUAGGCCCUGGAAUCCAGCUCAGUAUGUGGUCUUAUCGAGCAUUUAUUCUCAGUCUGGAAGAUGGAGUGAUGCAGUUAACAUAAGAGUGAAGAUGAAUGAGACUGGAUUGAAAAAAAUCCCAGGAUGUAGUUGGGCUGAGGUCAGAAAGAGGGUCCAUGCAUUUUGAGUUGGUAACCAAAGCAAUCCACAGUUUGAGAGCAUAGUUUAGUUGUGGAGCAGUUUACUCAAGAAAAUGGGUUAUGUUCCUGACAGGAUCUGUAAUCUGCAAAACGUAGAGGAAGAGGAUAAGGCUCUUCUCAAUACUGAACCUGGAACUAUUAUCCAGAUGGUGAAGAAUCUCCACGUAUGUGCAGAUUUCCACACUGCUUUAAGUUUAUCUCGAAGAUCACAGGUCGUGGGAUUACUGUCAGAGAUGCCACUCAGUUCCAUCACUUUUGGGUGGCAUCUGCUCAUGCAAGGAUUACUCGUGACCACAAUGGCAUCUCUGGUUAGAGUGACGGCAGCAUUGUGAGUAAGAACUAAUUCCUCUUGCACGAGUAAUUUCAUGAAAACUUCUUGUUGAAGUUAUUCUACCUAAGGAGGAAGGUUUCACUAGGUAGCCGGCAAUCCAUGUAAAAAUCAUUGGAUCUUUCAACAUGAAUUCUAAACAAAGAUAGGAAAGUUAGAAUUUAUGUAGCUGAUUCCAUCCAAUGAGAUUAAGGCUCGUGGUGAUGAUGAUGAAGAUGAAGAUGAUGAUUCAGAAGUCUAAAUAGGUUGAUGAAGGUUCCUUAAAGGACGAAAUAGUUUCAGAAGUAGUGUCAGGAGUAAUGACAUUUGCUUGCAAGUAUGAAGAAAUGGGCUCAAGUAUGUAAAUGUUAACAUCCAGUGCAGUCUACCUAUUUCAAUAAGGACAUCAGCAAAGCUUUCCUAAAUGCGCUAUGCAUUUUUUUGUUACCAGAGUUUUUGACGCCAAGGGUAAUGUUAAGAGUGUGAGAUUUUUUUAGAUACUCUGAACAAGAAAAGAUAUGUUUUUGGCAACUUGAGUGAAGUCGAGGUUAGUGAAAAGUAGUAUGGAUUCUUCUUUUAUGAAAAUCUGUCUAGUUUUAGUUGGGGUUUGGUAUUUUUAUUGGAAGUUGUCUAGUUUUAGUUGGAGUUUGGUAUUAACCAACAUUUUCGAUCUAACAUGUAUUUUUUGUAUAAAAGAAGAAAAUGAAUGA